AUGUCGAUCAAUCAUCAGUCCGAUCUAUUCGAUUUACCCAAUGAAAUUUUAUUGAUUAUUUUUAACAAACUGCAUAUGACUGAUGUUCUAUACUCACUUGUUGGUCUUACUGAGUGGCUCGAUCAAUUAGUAUUCGACCCGCUUUAUAUUCGUAAUCUUAAUAUGACAUCUAUGACAAUGAAGUCAUUUCACGAUCGCAUUUAUUCAAUAGACAGUCGAGUUCUUGAUAGAAUUUGUAAAAGUAUUUUACCACAAAUAUCGCAUAAAAUAAGUGAAAUCAUUGUUGAACAAUAUUCAAUGAAUCGUGUUCUUAAUGUCAUCAAUUAUCCUGAACUUUAUUCAUUAAAACUUGUGGAUUUUUCAGAAGAAGUUCUUUUGAACGAAUUAACAAAUAAUACAAUUUUUCGACAACUUCUCCAUCAACAAAUUACAUGUCUUACAAUUGACAUCAAAGAUCAGCCAACAGAACCAUCUUCUGAAGCACUUUGGCUUAUACUGACUUCGGUAGUAUCAUUAUGUAAACAAUUGAAGAAGUUAAGUAUUGGUCAAUUCGAUUAUCGAACAACGAUCUGUACCUUUGACUUCUCAUCAACUAAUUUUAAAUCUUCAAUCUUAACUCAAUUGAUCAUCAAUCUGGAAUCUUUCAAUGAUUGUCUUUAUCUACUUGAUGGACGUUUUCGUUGUUUAUCAACGUUAAUUGUAAAUAUAGAUAUUAUUUCAUCGACAUCAGAAACCAUCGAUAAUACAGAAACACUUUCCAAAUUAAAACAUUUUUCGUUAACAUCGUAUCCACAUACAUUUUUAUACGAUGAUGUCAUUAUUCCAUUACUUCGACGAAUGAUAAAUCUUGAAGAAUUGAUAUUAGACCUAUCAAUAAUAAGAAGCAAUAAAAACUAUGUUGAUGGUAUUCAAUUAUAUGAUGAUAUACUUAUUCAUAUGCCACAAAUGAACAAAUUUACUUUUAAUCUAUACACAAAUGUUGAUAAGAACAAUGUUGGAAUUAAUUUCUCCUCUAAGAAAGAUGUUCAACGUAGUUUCAGAAGAAAAGAAUACUAUGGACCAGUUGCUUCACAUAUUGAAGUUUUCAACAGUUUAAAUGAACGUGCCUGUCAUAAUUAUUCGUUACCUUUUGAAUUUCAAAGCAGAUGUCACAUCUAUUCACUUCCAUAUCAUUUCAAAACUUAUCAUUUCUUAACUAAUUCGUUUCAAGGUGGAAUAUUUACGAAUGUUCAAUCUCUAGUGAUGGGUGAUUGUUGUUCUUUUGAGCACAAUUUCUUCCAAAUCAUUUCUCAAAGUUUCCCGUCAUUGAAAAUGUUGCAUAUUAUGAACAAAAAGCCACAGAAAGACAAGCAAAAAUCAUUACCAUUGAUCCAAUUUCCUUAUCUUAUUUAUCUUUAUCUUCGAGGUGCUCAUGCUGAUUAUGCUGAACAAUUCCUCGUCGAUAAAUUUUGUCAUGUGCCUUGUUUACUAAGUCUUAAUAUCGACUAUGAAUCACUCAUUCUGAUCACAAACAAUUUCACAAAUGAUGCUACACGGCUCACCUGUAGCAAGUUUACCAGUCUUCGCACAAAUGAAUCGUUUGUGCCUCCAAAAAAUUUUCAUCAAUACUUUCCUUUAUUGUAA